AUGAAAUUCCCCCUCCUCUCUCUGGCCCUGGCCCCUCUGGCCGCCGCCCACUUCCAACUCCAAUACCCCACCUCCCGCGGCUUCGACGAAGACACCAUGCCCGAAUUCCCCUGCGGUGGCAUGUCCCAAUCUUCAAACCGCACUCAACUCCCCAUCUCGGGCUCCUUCCCCGUCGCCCUGAAAAUGGGCCACAGUCAAACUGCCGUCGAGGUCCUGCUCGCCCUCGGCUCCAACCCCGGUGAUAACUAUAACAUCACCCUCGUGCAUACCUUCCAGGUCACCGGCCUCGGCGCAUUCUGUCUGCCGCAUGUGGAGUUUAGCAGCGAUGUUCUCGGUGUGAACAUCACCGAUGGAAUGAAUGCUACGCUGCAGGUGCAGAGUAAUGGUGAUCCUUCUGGUGGUCUUUACGCUUGCGCCGACGUCCAAUUCUCCUCCAGCGUCACGUACUCCGAGCCCUCUUCCUGCACGAACAACACCAACGUCGUUGCAUCCGCCUUCUCCAGCGCUGCUGCCCAGCGUAACGCCAACGAGUCUACCUCCACCGGUGGUGCUCAGAGCUCCAGCUCCGACAGCUCCUCUUCGUCAAACACCACUUCUACUACUUCCAAGGGUGCCGCCGUGCCGCUGCAGACUGCUGCUUGGGGGCUGCUUGGUGCGGCCUUUGCUGGCGGUAUGGCUGUGCUGUAG